CUUCACAUUCCGCUCAGUCCUAUUUGGGACGACCCAGAGCUCUCACCGAAGGUCCGUAACGCGUGCGCUAUUGCGCGUGCUGCAGGGUACCGAUACUUCUGGGUGGACUCCUGCUGCAUCGAUAAGUCCAGCAGCUCAGAGCUCUCCGAAGCCAUCAAUUCGAUGUAUUACUGGUAUAGUCGUGCGGCAACGUGCUACGCCUUCCUCGCAGACGUCCCUCCGGGUGAGGACCCUCGCGCGGCGCAGUCCAGUUUCCGCCGGAGCCGAUACCACACGCGCGGAUGGACGCUCCAGGAGCUCAUCGCACCUGUUCGAGUCAUGUUCCUCUCCAAUGACUGGCAGGUCAUUGGAUCGAAGCAUUCACUUGCUGACCUUUUCGAGGAGAUUUCCGGCAUCCCUGGUGAGGCUCUCCUGCAUAUCAAGUCACUUGACGAGUUCAGUUUGGCCCAACGACUCUCAUGGGCUGCCAAGCGGGAGACGACCAGGGUAGAAGACCGGGCGUACUCUCUCCUCGGCAUUGUCAACAUCAACAUGCCCACUCUAUACGGAGAGGGACACCUGGCUUUCCGUCGGCUACAAGAGGAACUCGUGCGGCGAGUUCCCGAUCAGAGCCUGUUUGCCUGGGAG